AAAGAGAAAGAGAAAGAGAAAGAGAAAGAGAAAGAGAAAGAGAAAGAGAAAGAGAAAGAGAAAGAGAAAGAGAAAGAGAAAGAGAAAGAGAAAGAGAAAGAGAAAGAGAAAGAGAAAGAGAAAGAGAAAGAGAAAGAGAAAGAGAAAGAGAAAGAGAAAGAG